GUGCGCCAGCUCCUCCUCCGCCUCCGCCAUCGCCGCCGGAAGAGGCGGAUCCGACGAUGUUGCUUUUCUGCCCGGCGUGCGGCAACGUGCUGGUGGCCGAGGAGGGGCCGCGCUGCCACCGCUUCGCCUGCACCACCUGUCCGUACGUGCGGAACGUCACGAGGAAGGUGAGCAGCAGGAAAUACCCGCGGCUGAAGGAGGUGGACGAUGUGCUGGGCGGAGCGGCGGCGUGGGAGAACGUGGAUUCCACCGCAGAGCCGUGCCCCAAGUGCGAGCAUCCCCGCGCCUACUUCAUGCAGAUCCAGACGCGCUCGGCCGACGAACCCAUGACCACGUUCUAUAAGUGCUGCAACGCGCAGUGCGGGCACCGCUGGCGCGACUGACCGCCCCCUACCCCCCCCCCCGGCUAUCAAUAAACGCAGCGCUGGAGCUGCACUGUGAGGUG